CGUCACGUGGCGGCCCUCUCCCCGGGGAGCACUUCCGGUAGCGCUUCCUGUGUUUGUAAACUGAGAAAAACUGGAACUCGGACAAGAGACCAAUACCUGCGAAACACGAGGCGUCGAAAAGGUUUUGGUGCCAGAUGGUUGGGGUGGGUGUGGCUUGUUGUCAGACCAACCGUUCUGAGUGACGGUUCCAUUUGCACCCGUCAACUCCUCCUCCCCCCCCUCCCCCAGCCCCUUCGAGCGCACAGACAGAGCAGCCACUGUGAUGACACACCUGCCUAGCACCACAGUCCGUGACCACAUGAAAUGGGCAGGAUUACUGGGCUGUGAGGCGGUCUUAUCCAGCAUGGCUCUGAUGCAGGCCGGCUCCAUGGCCGGUCAGAAGAAGAUGAUGUCCCAGCUGGGGCCGGGGCAGAGGGACGGCCCCGACCACGCCCAGCAGGGCCACGCCCCCCAGAGUCACAUGGUGCUGCCGUCCGGGGUCAGCUGCCCCCCACUGGUAAGCGCUGGGGGGUGGGGGGUCAGCGGUGAGAACAGGACACACACGCUGAUCCGAAAGGAGGGAGAGUUCCACUCCUCACGCCUCCUGGAUGAGAAGGAGAUGCGUGAGAGUGUGGACAUGCAGCUGAAGAAGAAGAACAGGAAGUCGGGGACGCCCUGCAAAGUGAGAGAACAGGUGGUGGUGGUGGAUGAGAACGGAGAGUGCCCUCUGAAGGUGCAGAAGAACUUUGUGUGCGAGCACUGCUAUGGAGCCUUCCGGAGCAGCUACCACCUGAAGAGACACAUCCUCAUCCACACAGGGGUCCCCGCGGAGCACCAGGAACGCAGGCCACAGGUGCCGAUUGGCUCAACAGCCGGUAAUACUGAACCGGUGGUUGUCAUGGCGAUGCCAAGGCCCCGCACAAGAGGGGAGAAGCCGUUUGGCUGUGACGUGUGUGACAUGAGGUUUAUUCAGCGCUAUCAUCUGGAGAGACACAAGAGAGUUCACAGCGGAGAGAAGCCCUACCAGUGCGAACGCUGCCAGCAGCCCUUCUCUCGGACCGAUCGGUUGCUACGGCACCGGCGCAUGUGCCAGGUCGGCGGUGUGGGUGCGGUCGCAGCCGUCGCCAUUGUUGCCAAGGGGGAGAGCCAGUCCUGCCGCGAAGUUAACCGGCCGUACCCCCAGGAGCCCCCACCUCCUACCGCCUCCUGGACCCCCCUACAGCCUCCCCAAGGGGAGAAGCCGUUUGGCUGUGACGUGUGUGACAUGAGAUUUACUCAGCGCUAUCAUCUGGAGAGACACAAGCGCAUUCACAGUGGAGAGAAGCCCUACCAGUGCGAACGCUGCCAGCAGACUUUUGCUCGGACCGAUCGGUUGCUACGGCACCGGCGCAUGUGCCAGGUCGGCGGUGUGGGUGCGGUCGCAGCCGUCGCCAUUGUUGCCAAGGGGGAGAGCCAGUCCUGCCGCGAAGUUAACCGGCCGUACCCCCAGGAGCCCCCACCUCCUACCGCCUCCUGGACCCCCCUACAGCCUCCCCAAGGGGAGAAGCUGUUUGGCUGUGAUGUUUGUGACACGCGGUUUACUCAGCGAUAUCACCUGGAGAGACACAAGCGCAUUCACAGUGGAGAGAAGCCCUACCAGUGCGAAGGCUGCCAUAAGAGCUUCGCUCGGACGGAUCGGUUGCUACGGCACCGGCGCAUGUGCAGGGUCGGCGGCGUGAACCUGGUGGCCGCUGUUGCCAAGGGGACGAGCCAGCCCUGUCGCACUGCCUCGUGGCCGUACCCCCAGCAGCCCCCUCCUCCUCCUCCUCCAACGGCCUCCUGGACCCCCCUACAGCCUCCCCAAGGAGACAAGGUGUUUGGCUGUGACUUGUGUGACAUGAGAUUUACUCAGCGCUAUCACCUGUUGAGACACAAGCGCAUUCACAGUGGAGAGAAGCCCUUCCAGUGUGAACGUUGUCAUAAGACCUUCUCUCGGAAGGAUCGACUGGUACGACACCGGCGCCAGUGUCAGGUUGGCGGUGUGGGUGCGGUUGCCACGGUUGCCACAGUCGCCACUGUUGCCAAGGCGACGAGCCAGCCCUGCCGCGAUGUUUCAUGGCCGUACCCCCAGGAGCCCCCACCUCCAACCGCCGCCUGGACCCCCCUACAGCCUCCUCCAGGGCAGAAGAUGUUUGGCUGUGACGUGUGUGACACGCGCUUUACUCAGCGAUAUCAUCUGAUGAGACACAAGCGCAUUCACAGCGGAGAGAAGCCCUACCAGUGCGAAGGCUGCCAUAAGAGCUUCUCUCGAACCGACCGUUUGUUGCGACACCGCCGCCAGUGUCAGGUGGGUGGCGUGGCUGCGGCCGCCACAGCCGCUGCGGUCGCCACGGUCGCCACUGUUGCCAAGGCAACAAGCCAGCCCUGCCGGGAUGUUUCGUGGCCGUACCCCCAGGAGCCCCCACCUCCAACCGCCGCCUGGACCCCCCUACAGCCUCCUCCAGAAGUUGUGCUGCACCAGAGCCAGCAGUCCAACAGGGGGCAGUGUGCACUCCUACCUUUGAGGCAGAAGAUGUUUGGCUGUGACGUGUGUGACAAGAGGUUUACUCAGCGAUAUCAUCUGAUGAGACACAAGCGCAUUCACAGUGGAGAGAAGCCCUACCAGUGCGAAGGCUGCCAUAAGAGCUUCUCUAGAACCGACCGCUUGUUGCGACACCGCCGCCAGUGUCAGGUUGGCAGCAUGGGCGUGGUCGCUGCGGUUGCCACUGUUGCCAAGGCGACGAGCCAGCCCUGCCGCAACAUUUCGUGGCCAUACCCACAGCAGCCCCCACCUCCAACAGCUGCCUGGACGCCCCUACAGCCUCCUCCAGGGCAGAAGAUGUUUGGCUGUGACGUGUGUGACACGCGCUUUACUCAGCGAUAUCAUCUGAUGAGACACAAGCGCAUUCACAGCGGAGAGAAGCCCUACCAGUGCGAAGGCUGCCAUAAGACUUUCGCUCGGACCGAUCGGCUGUUGCGACACCGGCGCCAGUGUCAGGUGGGUUCCAUGGGCACAGUUACCAUGGUUGCCACUGUUGCCAAGGGGACGGGCCAGCCCUGCCGCAACGUCCAGUUGCCGUACCCCCAAGAUCACCCCCCUCCCACCGCCGCCUGGACCCCCCUAGAUCCUCCUCCUGGUCAACUGACCAUCUGGCUGCCCCCUCCCCCCCUCCCCCCUCACCACCACCCUGGAGCAACGCAAUGAGCAGCAGCACCACACAGGCCAGAGCUCAGUGGCGCCACACACUGCUGCAAAAUAGUACUGCAGCUCAGCUACAAAAAAAAAUACAAAAAACUUCUCACCUGAGAGAUUCAUUAUUUUAUACUUUUUUAUUAUUGUAAAAGUUCCGUUUUAUGGUUAUUUUGAGUUUAUUCAUGUGUUGUUAUGUGUUUUUGGAGUGGGGUCAGGAGUCAGAAUUUGGGUGGAUUUGGUGUCAAUGUAGUAGGAAAAUAUUAAUGUUGGGGUAGCAGUGCAAAAGUUGCUGUGUGAAAUAAUGAUUAGUCCAUAUGUAUUCCUUAAAAAUAAGUUUAAACAGAUAUGGGAAUACAAAUAACUAAAAAGCCUUAGUGUCAUGUACAAUGUCAUGGUCACUGCAGUUCUAUUAGAAUAAGGCUGGUAAUAUAAUUUCAUAUUUUAUGCACUAUUGUGUUUAGCGGUGUCAUCAGGGCAGUCCGUGGCUGAGCAUGAUGCCAAAACUGAAUGGCAUGGAUGGAAGCCCCAGAACAUGGGGCAGGAGUCAGACUGAUGUGGUGCUACUGAUGUGGGAACUGAAAUAUCCAAGCCCUCACUUAUGGCCUUCCCGCAUUCAGGCCCAUUUUUACUCAGUUAUAACUCUUAUUUUCCACAGAAGAGCACUUAUACGCCACCCAGACUGAAAGAACUCGCUGUCAGGUUAACCUGUGCCAGCCUUGCAAUGAUGCUUGAAGAAUACAGGUUGACUCAUCGCCUAUGAGAUUGCAAAAGCGAAGAUCCGAUUUAGAAUUUGACCCUGUGCCAUUAGAAAGGAGCAGAUUAAAUCUUCCAUUUGCAUUUUAUGCUCGCAGGGCCUUAAUGUAACAUAACAAAGCAGAACAUAAUAUUUCAAAUUUGCCAUGGGAUCAUGACAAAAGCCCAUGCCUGUGGCAUCGCAAAUAAGUGUAUUUUGUGCUUCCGAGACUUCUGGGAAUAUUGGGUUUCCAUCCAUAUAAAAACAUAACGAUUAAGCCAGUGUCUUCUGUGAAAAAGGAAAUCCUAUCACUAUGACCACACGCUGGCGGUCCCAGGCUUUGUGUAGACUGUGGUGUAAUGAUUUGAUGAAUCACUCAUUGUUGCCCUAGCGAUUUAUGGGUAAAUCUGUUCUUUUUACUGCUCUAGAUGGCCUUCAUACCGAUCUUUUAUGUCGCAGAUUAGAGAUAGGCAAUUUCAGUUGUAACGGCUUGAUGUGUUUUUACAAUACAAGUUAAAUCAGACUAAUGAAAAGGUGGAGAACAAUUUGUCAGCAUAAUUUCCCUUUUUUUUUGUUAUUUCCAGUUCUGCCCUGUUGUCUCAAAGUUAUUUCAUUACCAGUACAUUCUUAAAAUGCUGAAACUGAUGAUCAGUACGAAGACAAGCAGAUAAUGGUGGGUACAUUUUCCACCACGUCGUACUCUUGGUCUUUUCAACGGGAGAAUAUAUAGAGUUCAUUUAUAAAACAGUAGUUACUUUGAUCAAUAUUGUAUAUAAAGCUUCUGUAUUUUAAAUACAUUUUCAAGGCCUUUAUUGCCUCGGAAUAUAGCACCCGUUUUUACUACUGGAUUUAUUUUAACACUCUUUUUCUGUGAAUGAACUCUGUUGUGCCUUUGUUGUGUAUGAAACAAUAUUAUUUGUCAUUUUUAUUUACCAUCUUUGCAUGCAGUUGUUCUUCUAAAAGUUUGUUCAAAAAGUGUUGAUAGGCUAAUUGUUUGGGGGGGGGGAAUGAAAUGUUGUCGGCAUAAUUGUCCAUUUCAAAAAGUAAACUAGUGUGUGCAUUCAAGGUUAGUCAUAUCAUCAUUAUAUUAUUCGUAAAUAGUUUCAAUAAAACUAGAUCUUUAAAA